UUUAUGGAAGAAGCGGAAUGGCGCAUGACUCUGUUUAUCUGAUCUCUAAGAAUCAUUUUGAAUUUCCUUAGAGAACGCCUCGUGCAAGUGAUUUAAUUUAGAUUUUAAUUUUUAUUAUGGCCGAAAGAAAGUGUUUAAUAUGUGGGGCUUCUGAGUCAGAAGUCCAGAGAUUAUUUUGUUUUCCAUACAACCCUGCAAGGAAUGAGUUGUGGAUGCAAACUCUGGGUUUUAAAGCAUGUGCUGUAAGAAAGCAUCACAGAAUUUGCAACAACCAUUUCAGAAGGGAAGCUUUCACCGAUUCAAGUUUGCAGAAACUGAAUAGAAAUGCUAUUCCCAUGCCUUGGGUAAUCUCUUCUUCUGCAGCAAAUACAUUGGAAAGCAUGCCUUCCCUUAUUAAUGAGGAACAUGCUGGUACAUCAGGUAUAUCCACAUUCCCAGCGUCAGGUAUUUUAUUCAUUCCUAUAAAUAUCAAUUUAGUUCAUAUGGUUGCAUGUUAUCUUUGAUGCUAUAAUUAAAUGUGUAAAUCCCUAAUCAAAUACAAUUCUUAUUGUUUUUCAAUUAGUUCUAGCUGAUGAGGUAGAACCUAACACUGAUGAGGAACAUGCUGCUGUAUCAAG